UGGUACUUUAGACGUUCACACAAGCAAAUAUUUGAAAUGUGAAGGUUGUAUUGUACAUGAUCAUCUACAAUGUAUUUGUAGAUCAUUAAUGGAGUCUAAGUUGAGAAGUGGAACCACCCUCAUUGUGGACCGCUAUUCAUUUUCUGGGGUAGCUUUUUCAUCUACCAAAGGUCUUGACUUCGAAUGGUGUAAGAUGAAGAAAUGGAAGGGUUGGGAAUCAGAUACGUCGUCUUUGGAAUAUCAAUUCACCAAUGAUCCAGCAAGAUUUAGGUUUAGUCAUCAGACUUCAUUUGUGAGACGUCAUACUAGAUUUUCCAGAACUCCUGGGAUCAGAUGGAUUGUUGCAUUCUUCAGGCAAUUCUUUGGUUCAGUGUUAAAGGUGGAUUAUAUAACUAUGCGCAAUGGGUUUAUCAACGCACAUUUUGCUCCAAAUACCAAAUUUAAUUUCCACAAAUAUAUUAAGAGAUCCAUGGAAGAUGACUUCAAGGUGGUGGUGGGAAUAAGUUUCCCACUGUGGGUUUUUGCUGUCAUCUUACUGCUGCUGAAUGUUUACAGCUGGUACACGCUUGCCUGGAUCUCAUUAGUGCCACUCAUUGUAAGUAAGACAU